AUGGGUGGGAACUUGGGAGGAGGUUCCGGUGGAGGACAGACUCCCAGAAGGGGGCCGGCAGACCGAAACCACGGAGGAAGGAGCCAGGGAGGAGACGACGGAGGGAGAAGCCAGGGAGAAGACAGGAGUGACCUGGAGCAGGAGGAGCCCAGCAGGACCCAGGACACAGCCAUAACAGCCCAUGGUCUGGUGUCGGUUUUGAUAGUGUUUGUGUGGCUGGGUGGAAAACAGGUCUUUCCCCUUCAACCCAUCUGUGACCUGAGGGUUCUGGACCACUUUGUACGAGAAGCUCGAGAUUCUGUAGUCAUCAUGCGAGGUAGCAGAGGAGGCUGUGGAGCGAUGAAAUCCUACUUUGUACCACUGACUAGUGUUGACUUUGCUUUUUGGGAACAUAUAGACGUUCAGGAACUGGCCGUGGAGGUCCAGACUGGACUGUCUCUGCUGGUUCAGGCCCUGAGUACAGCAAUGAAAGCAGUGAGCAACUCCCGUCUGGCCAAUGCACUGGAUAACAACAUCAGUAACAUCCACAGCCUCAGCCAGAUCCUGCACAGUCUUGAUUUACAGCAUGCCAGGUCCACAGUUCUUCCAGAUGAUUCAGCUCCUGCCAGCACACAGACGCAGGAGGUCUCCUCUCUCCCAGAACUUCUGCAGGUGCAGAGCAGUUUCCUGCGUGGGAAAGUCAGACUCCUGCUUUCAGCUGCACCAGCCUGCCAACGGCAAAACAGCUGAUGCAAACUCAGGAACUGUUUACAGCAGUCACAGAUACACACAAACCCAGACACGAACACUUGAUUGUGACUUUUUACUCAAUCUUAAAGGGUUAGUUCACCCAAAAAUGAAAAUUAGCUUUUACUCACCCUCGAAGCAUCCUAGGUGUAUAUGACUUUCCUCUUUCAGACCAAUCUAGUCGGAGUUAUAUUAAAAAUUAUCCUGGCUAUUCCAAGCUGUAUCGUUGUAGUCAGCAGGUGUUGCAGUUGAACUGUCCACAUGUCCUCAAAUAAAGCUCAUGAUUCAUAAUAAAACGUGCCGCAGCCGGCUCCAGGGGAUGUAUAAAGGCCUCCUGUAGCGAAUCCAUGCGUUUUUUUGUAAGAAAAAUAUCCAUAUUUAAGAGGUAAUAAACACUUUUCUCUCACUUCCGUUAUCUGUCAUACGCGGAUCCGUUUCAGCGGAUGACACAGCACAUAAUAUGCGCAGCGCGCGCGCUUCUGAGAUAUGCUAGUCUAGCGAAUUUGUUUAUAGGAGCAAAAGAAGCAUAGUUUCCUUACUUUAGCAAAGGAAAACCAGUCUCCUCUUGGUUUAUAUCAAAAUCCUCCAACAUUUUUCUUUACAAAUCCUUGUACUUGUAAUUCGUGACUGGCGUUUUGUUUUCUCUUCACAUUUGUCACUAAUUACGCAACGCCGCGUGUCUUACGUCAUCCGCCGGAAUUGCUUCAGUGUAUGACAGUAAGCGGAAGAGAGAGAAAAGUGUUUAUUAUGUUUGAAAUAAGGAUACAGGGGGCCUUUAUUCAUCCCCCGGAACCGUCUGGGGCACGCUUUAUUAUGAAUGCACAAUCUUUAUUUGGUGACUUGUGGUUUUCAACUGCAAUACCCACUGAC